AUGGCAAUUGCAACAGCAACACCAGCCCGAACCUCCGCCCUCCUCGCAAACCUAAGCGCAGUAACAGCCCGAAUCAGCGCAGCGGCAGCAAAAGCCCCAAACCCCUCCAAACCAGUCAGACUAGUAGCAGUCUCAAAGCUCAAACCCGCAUCCGACGCGCUAGCACUACACCAAGCACCAGCGCCAGUCUCACAAGCGCACUUCGGCGAGAACUACAUCCAAGAACUGCUUGAGAAAUCCCGCCUCCUGCCCCCGACUAUUAAAUGGCAUUUCAUUGGCGGGUUGCAGUCUAAUAAGUGUGUCAUGCUUGCGCGUGAUGUGCGUGGGUUGUGGGCUGUUGAGAGUGUUGAUACGGAGAAGAAGGCUGGGUUGCUUGAUAAGGGGUGGGGGGAGAGGGAUGUUGCGAAGCUUGGUCGGCAAGAUGACGAUGGUGCUGAUGGCAGACUGCGCGUCUAUGUGCAGGUUAACACAUCCGGAGAAGAGAAUAAGUCGGGCAUUGAACCUGCUGCGGCGGCGGGAUUGUGUUCUUUUAUUCGAGAGAAGUGUCCUCGGUUGAAAUUGCAGGGUGUUAUGACUAUUGGGGCGAUUGCUAGGUCGAGGGAUACGACUGCAGAGAAUGAGAAUGAGGAUUUUGUCUGUUUGCGUGAGACCAGGGAUCGGAUUGUUCAGGAGCUUGGGUUGACGGGUGCUGAGGCGGAGUUGGAGCUUAGUAUGGGAAUGAGUUCUGAUUUUGAGGGGGCUAUUGCUCUUGGGAGUGAUCAGGUUCGGGUUGGGACUACUAUCUUUGGGGAUCGGCCGCCUAAGGCUGAGGCUAGGGUUGUUUGA